CCCACUGCAAUGGACAUCACUGAGGCUCUCUGUAAGAAAAAUAUCCUGCAAAUAACGGUAUUCAUUACGUGUAUAACCUUGCCAUCACUCGCUAUCUCUGCUGAUCUGCAGUACUUUUUGUUACAUCCAAAAGUGUCAGCAACAGAACUAAAUGGACUGACAAAAGGAAAUAAGGUGUGUUUAACAGAAGAAUGUAAACAAGCAGCAUCUGUGUUAUUGGAUACAAUUGAUAUUAAUGUCAAUCCUUGUGAAGAUUUCUACGAAUUUGCUUGUGGUGGCUGGGUCAAAAAGCAUCCUGUACCUCCAACUGAGUCCCACAUGAAUCAGUUUGAUGUAGUGACAGAGAAGUUGGAUCUACAACUCAAAGGAAUUUUAGAAUCUCCUGAGGACCAAAAUGAUCCACCUCCAGUGAAUUCUGCCAAGAAGUUUUAUAAAUCUUGCAUGGAUUUGGACACUGUGGAAGCUGAUGGCCUCGAACUGCUAAGCAAGAUGUUGGAGGAACUUGGAGGGUGGCCUAUGGCACAUGAUGACUGGGAUGAACUCACAUUUGACUGGCAGAAAGCGGUGGCAUUUUUGACAAAGAAGCUUGCUGUUUCCCCUCUCAUCCUGGUCUAUGUUUACUUGGAUCGUAAAAAUUCUAGCCGGAGUGUCAUAACUAUAGAUCAGCCAUCUCUUGGAAUGCACCGUUCAAUGUUAAUAGCCCCAGAUAUGUACGGACAGCAACUCGAAGCUUAUCGCCGCUGGAUUAUGGCUUCUGCAAUAGAAUUGGCCACAUACAAUAAUGCUUCAAUUUUUCGCUCAAGUAUCAGUGUUGAUUCAUACAAUGUUGUUGAGUUUGAGAUUCAACUAGCACGCUUGAUGUCACCUAAUGAAAUGCGCCGUAAUGCCUAUAGGAUGUAUAAUGCAAUGACGCUAAGGGAGUUACAAAAAUGGACUGACAACAGUGAAGCAAUAAAUACUCAUUCACGGAUCCAGUGGUUGCAGCUCAUGGAACAUUUAUUUGAUGACAUUGAUGUGAAGAUAGGUUAUGAUGAGACAGUUGUGGUUAAGGAGAUGGACUAUUUAUUUAAGCUAGUGGAACUUCUUGAUAACACACCUGUAAGGGUGAUUGCUAAUUACCUGAACUGGCGACUGGUGAAGACAGUCAGCAGGGACACAACACAGAAAAUGCGUGAGCUUGCUUUUCUGUUCGAAAAAGUUCUCAGUGGAACAAAAGAAGAUCAGCCAAGGUGGCGUGACUGCGUAUUUACAACUAGCAGCUCACUGAAUUUCGCUGUUGGAUAUGAAUAUGUAAAACAAUUUUUUGAUGAUGAAGCAAAGAAAAGUGCUUUGGAGAUGGUUACAAAUAUUCGUGAGGCAUUUAAGCUGCAAGUGCGUGAAGUAGACUGGAUGGAUAAACAGACACGGAAGGUAGCAAGUGAGAAAGCUGAUGCCAUGACAGAGCUUAUUGGUUACCCAGACUGGUUUUCAAACAAGACAGCACUGGAAUAUUUCUACACAGAAGUUGAAAUUGGGCCACACCACCUUCUGAAUGUUGUUAGGUGUAAGACCAUCAUGGUGCGGCGUAUUAUGUCAAAAUUGAGGAAACCAACAGAUCGGACAGAGUGGCACACAAGCCCUGAUGUUGUAAAUGCUUAUUACAACCCACAAACAAAUUCUAUCAUUUUUCCCGCAGGAAUAUUACAGCAACCGUUUUUCAGCAAAGGCAGAAUUGAAGCUCUGAACUAUGGAAGCAUUGGUGUUGUCAUAGGACAUGAGAUCACACACGGUUUUGAUGAUGUUGGUCGCCAGAGUGAUAAAUAUGGAAAUCUUGCACAAUGGUGGACAGAGGCUACAAUACAGACAUAUAUAAAAAAGUCACAGUGCUUCAUGGAUCAGUAUGAUGCCUACCGUGUGCCUGAGCUAGAUGACUUGCUCCAUACCAUCGUUCGGAUGAAUGGUGUGACCACAUUAGGUGAAAAUAUAGCUGACAAUGGAGGCCUCCGUCAAGCAUAUCAUGCGUAUCGCAGUUAUGUGGAAAGGAACGGACCUGAGCCACGGCUACCUGGCCUCGAGCAAUUCACUCCAGACCAACUGUUCUUUCUUGGAUUUGCAACAGUAUGGUGUGAAUCUACAACUAGCGAGUCUCUCCUUCAAGAAGUGUUGUCAGACCCACACAGCCCACACAAGUAUCGAGUCAGAGGUACCUUAGCUAAUUCUGAAGAUUUUUCUAGAGUUUGGAAAUGCCCACAAGGCUCACCGAUGAAUCCCAAUGAUAAAUGUCUUUUAUGGUAACUUUAUAGCACAUUUGUCAUGGGCUUACAAUUUGUUGCAUAUUGUCAUGAAUCACUAGCACUAGUUUGCUUGUAUAUUGUACAGUCUGUCAAAAUCUGUAAAUGAAAAUCUACAGAAGUGACAAAAUAUGAUUCUUGACUGUACAGACACAAUCGAUUAAUAACCCGUAUCAGUAUUGGCACAGUUCCACGCACACUUGUACAAAUUCACAGAGACAUCGACAUUAGUCUGUUGAAAUGAUCAACAGCAUUAUUAUAUUGUGUGUAUAUAUAAAUGAUUUUUA